AAUAAACAUGGCGGACACAGCGACUUCGAAUGGAGUAUCGCUGCUGUUCAAAAAUUUGACCGCGCGGGUUAGAUUUAAAUGUGAAAUGAUGGCAAAGAUCGAUGCCUGAAGUCUUCCAAAUUUGAAAGAAAAAUGCAGGACAGUGAAGGAGGGCUAUUUCAAGAAUGGUUUUCCUCCAUCAGUAGCAUUCUAAAUCAAAGAGUCAAUGUAAAAGAGAUCUCAGCUCAGUUUGGCUUGCUACAAUCAGAUGAAGAGAGAGUUGCAUUUGGUCUGAAUUGGGCUUGCCUCCAUGAGGUUAUGAAGGUGGAACCUUGCUUUAAUUCAAAGUCAGCAGAACAUUCUAUCAGGCUGCGUAGGGAAGGAAACAAAUUGUACCAAAAAGAUCAACAUUACAAGGCACUAGAAGUUUAUACUUGCAGUAUUUUGAAUGCACCUGUUGAAGGUCCUGGUAAUGAAUUGUCUCUUGCUCUGGCAAAUAGAUCUGCAGUCUUGUUUAAGCUAAGGGAGUAUCCCAAAUCUUUGGAGGAUAUUCAACAGGCUUUGAGCUAUGGGUAUCCUGUGGAACUCAGGUACAAGUUGCUUGACAGACAAGGAAAGUGUCUUUUACAACUUGGUAGAAGAAGUGCAGCCGUUGACUGCUUUCAAGAGGCUAAGAAGGUUCUUGAUGAGUCCAAGCUGGAUGAAACCAAAAGAGGAACUUUUUUGAAAGACCUUGAAAUGGAAAUUUCAGUAUGUAGAACUCAGGAAUUGAAAGUAAACAAAAGUCAUGAAAAGCCUACAGAUAUAAAUGAAAAUGAUGAUCAUCUGUUGCACCAAGAAUUUGCUUUGCCAAAACACACUCAUGGAAGGAAUAUCAAGUUUACUUCAGCCUCUUGUUGUGUGGACAUCAUCUCAUCCCCAGACUAUGGUCGUCAUUCAGUAGCAACUCAAGAUAUUUUUGUUGGAGACAUCCUGGUCAUUGAAAAGCCUUUUGCAUCUGUUCUUCUACCAGAACAUGUGGAAACACACUGUUAUCACUGUCUGAAGCGUGUGACUGUCCCAAUGCCUUGCUGUCAGUGUACUACUGUCAGGUACUGCAGUGUAGUUUGUGCAAAGCAAAGCUGGGAUGGUUAUCAUUCAGUGGAAUGCAAAUAUCUCAACCUUAUCCAUAAAGCCAAAAUUGGCAAAAAUGGUCACCUUGCUCUGAGAAUAAUAGCAAAAGCCAGAUAUAAAUUCCUGAAGAACUUCAGACGUGAAAUGAGGAAAAGACUGUGUGACAAAGUCAGCCGAGAAUCUGGCUGCCUAGAUGAUGGAAGCUAUAUUUCAUCUGAUUACCUUCCAAUUUACUGCCUUGUGACUCAUUCAGAGGACAGAAGUGCUGGUGAUCUGUUCCGCCGCACAGUGAUGGCCAUAUUCCUGUUAAAGAUACUUCAAGGAGGUAGCUUUUUCGGCAAGGAUCCAUACUCUCAAGAUGACCUGAUCUUCAUUGGUGGCCUGAUCUUGCGUCAUCUUCAGUCAAAUCCUUGUAAUGCUCAUGAAGUUUCAGAACUUCAGCUGAAUCUUAACUCAGUUGCCACAUCAGAAACAGGUGAAAUUGCCUCAGGGAUAUAUGCUACCCUAAGUUUGUUCAAUCAUUCUUGUGAUCCAUCAGUGACCAGAAACUUUUAUGGUGACACAUGUGUUGUGCGUGCCAUAAAAAAUAUUCCAAAGGGUGAAGAAAUUUCUGAUAACUAUGGCACACUUUGUGCACUCACUCCUAAAGCUGAAAGACAAAAAGAACUUGCAAGUCAGUAUUACUUCACUUGUCAUUGUAGAGCUUGCAAGGAAGACUUUCCUUUGUAUUUAGAUAUUCCAAGCAAUGCAUCCCCAGUGUUUAAAUGUCAAAGCUGCCGUAUUCCUCUUUCCAUUAAGAAUGAGGGCAAAGUACCAUCAAGUGUCUGUUCCAAGUGCCAUUGUUCUUAUGAUUUGUGGCAGAUGAGAGCCACUUUAGAGGAUUCAACUCAGUUAUUUGAGCAAGCCAUUGAUGCUCUUCUUCUCAAAGCAGAUGUGGAAGGAACCUUGAGUGUGUUCAUAUCUCAUCUUAGACUGCUGGAAGAGCUUGUGUGUCGUCCCUGGCAAGAUUACAACAAGUGCCAGGAGGCAAUCAAACAGUGUUACAGUAUUAUGGGCAACUGUCAUGUACUGAAUUGAUGGUACAGCUACUGAUUGCAAACAUUUUUACAUUACUUACAGUCAAAAGAUUUUUAUGAUUUUGUUAUCUAUAAUGCAUUGCCUUUGUGAAGAGGGAUGGUCUACCCUAGAUGCUGUGCUGGUCAACUCACAGGCACCAGUGCUUAACUCUUGGACAUCCACCGAUAAUUCAACACCAUCAACUUACUACUUGUUUACAUCUGCUGUUGUUUUUUUUCCGCAAAAUCAUUGCUUGGAAUAAGUCAAAAAAUGAAUUUAUUGGCCUUUCUAUACUCCAGAUUGUAACUAACUGGUGUCUAGAGUUGUUUUAUCAGUACAAGAGAACAUUACCUUAAGUGUAAAAUGCUUUUUUCAUUUAAUUCCUAAACCAAACUUUUAUUUUGUUAACUCAGACUGACUUUCUUGAAAAUCACACAGUAAACUUAAUUAGAAUGGUUAUAAAGCUUGGAAAUAAAUGAUAGACUUAAAU